CAGGAACCACCGUGGCACUGCCGUCACGACAACACUCCCGAUCGUCACGAUUAUCAUUUUUUAUCAGCCACGAGCACGCGUGGCGCACGAAACGUCGCGGCCGCCGCGUGUGUCCGGAUAUAGGGGAUGAAAAACAAAACGCGCGGACUCGGAUAAACGACGAUUAUCGCGACGAUGAGACGUCGAACGACGUUCGGUACUACUUGUUUGCGUCGUCUGUGCUCGUGAUUAAGUUUUUUAUUACGCGUAGUGGCCGGCCAGCUGACACGAUGCACGGGAAGUGGUUCGGACUGGACAGGAUUACCGGAUGAUCGUGACUAUCGGUUUUGCAACUCACGAAAUCACCAUGGCAUCGAAGAAGACGAGGCAAAACCAUUCUAUACAGCACUUACUCGAGUUGCCAACCAACAGAGAGACAAAAUUGCCGCUAUAUUCUGCGAAGGAGACGAUCCAAACGCCACUCAUUCCAACCCCUAGACAGGUCCCGAUAACCGUGCUGCAUCCCUCCCCAAAAAAGUUAUACCUGAGCAAAACGCGGCAGAGUGGCCUUUCAAACGAUCUACAGCUGAGUCUCUCACGAACGGUCAGUCCAACUGUACGUCAACAAGAGUCGACCCUCGCAAGGCGGGACUAUCCCCGCCAAAUCAUGAACAAGGUGAAUGAUCGAGUCAGGUCGCCAGGAACAUCACGAUGUUUAACCACCACGAUGUCUCUGUCAAUUUCACCUUCGAGUCCUGAGGAACCCGUCACGCUGGUGGAACUGACCAGCGUGCCGGGUGGCCAGAAUGCGAUGGCUCAUCUCAAAAAACGUAAGCUGGAAGCAGAAUCUGUCAACCCGAAUCCUAAGCAACCGCAGCAGCAACAACAGCAACAGCAGCCGUUUCAGCAACAGCAACCGUUGAUCAACAGGAAGGGUGCACAAGCGGCCAUUCCACAAGAAAUGGAGACAGCUGAUGCUGCUGCCAAACGAAGGAGGAAAAGUGUACGGGACGACGAGACGCGAAAGUCGUUGGACGCGAACGAUUUGAGCAAGACCAUACCGUUGCCGCAAAAGAAACGAGCGUUCGCGGCUGGCAACUGUGGCAGCCCCGCGCGAAAGUCCAGCAAGCAUUCGGAGGAGCCCGAAGACGACGAGACUCUCAUCAGGGAGACCGAGGCAGCGUUGAAAAGUUUGUCGGGAAGCUGGCCUGGGCCCCGAGGAUCCCUUUAUCAGAGAGGUAAUUCGGACGAGGACAAGUACGAAUCGAAUUUCGAGAAUCUGUUCGAGGAGAAGAAGGAGAAUCCGAAGCUGUCGCCGUCGUCGAUGUCCAACUCCUCGACCGCGAGCAACGAGGCUGGGUGCUCGUUGAAAGAUGUGAUAACGUUCCGCGGUCAACAAGACAGAAACAGCAAGACUCAGCAACAGCUGAGACAGUUGGACUCCGGCAAGCAACAAUUGCACCCUGCCAAAGUUAAGAAAGAUCUCGAACAUUUCCUUAAAUCGGAACACGACAGCGUCGGCGUUCACAGCCAAGUAAACAAUUCGAAUCCCAACGAGCCGGGUAAGAUCAGACCAGUGCCGGUGAGGUCUUUGUCGAGCAAGGAUCGAAACGACAGGAACAUGGUCGGCGCGCACGUGGACCCUCAAGGUCGCCAAAGCGACAAGUAUUCCAGAUACGAUCCGCCAGACUUCAACGAAUUGGUAGACGAUUCGUCGAACGAGCUGGAGAUCGACAUGUCGGAUCCAGCAACCGAGAAAGACGACGUGGACAGGGACAAGAUGAAUGACAGGGACAGGGAUCGGACAUGCAGGAACGGUCAAUCGCCGCAGAACGCCGCGAGACACCAGCAACACCAGCAACACCAACUAUACGCGAACUACCAUAGACAGUACAGUGAAAACAGUAUGAAGGUUCUGCCAACGGCGACCACGACCUCUUCCACGUCAUCGCCGCCCUCGAAUUCCCCGUUCUCGGCGACCUCGGCGUUUAGACCACCCAACACGGACCACGCGAAGGGAACUGGUCGAGGUACACCGUCAGUGGCCGUUCCAUCCGCGUCGAUUCCACCUAUCGGCCCGUAUCCAGCAUCGGCCACGUUCGUUGGUUACCCGACCCCCGGUCCAGGACCCACGAUGCCUACCCCGCAACCUGUUACGGGGAUCGCGCCCACCACGGAGGACAAGCAUCCCUCCACGGUUUCGUUGCUUCAGCUGAAAUCGUCGAAAGAGGAGACCCACCACGUGACCAGGCACGAGGUGACACCGAAUCCCGUGACCAGCAGCAAGAGCCCAACCGGUGGUCUGUCAGCGGUGACCAGUCCCGACUCGUCGAAACAGUACACGAUUCUUCAGCCAGCUGGAGUUGGUUCUCGAGCUGCCAGUGCCCUCCAGGACAUAGCUAGAGAAGGGGUAGUCAGUGUCACGGCCGUGAGCAGUUGCACCACCGCGAACGGAAACUCGACGAACGGUAGCAGCGGGAAUAACGCUGGGAACUGUGGCAGCAACGUUCCCAGCAAAACGACGAACAGCAACAGUGGUGGUAACACGAGCAACAACGCUAACACAACCGCGAACGGGAGCAACGUGGCCAGCAUCACCAUUACCGCCGUGUCCACCACUACGACGACGUCCAGUCCCACGACCGGCGGCGACGUGUCGUCCGGAAGUGGAACAGGUCAGCAAGAGAAUGUCAUGAAAAUGCCGGAGAGGUCCGGAGGGACGUUCGACGGGAGCAGGCCAGGAAUGUCCAUGUCUCCGUCCAGUCUCGGCAGAGAGGGCAACAAGUGCCCGACCCCAGGCUGCACGGGGCAGGGUCACGUGACCGGACUCUACUCACACCACCGCAGCCUCUCCGGAUGUCCAAGGAAGGAUAAACUGACGCCAGAAAUUCUGGCGAUGCAUGAGACUAUUUUGAAAUGCCCGACGCCUGGUUGCAACGGCCGUGGCCAUGUCAGCUCGAACCGGAACACGCACAGGAGCCUGUCCGGAUGUCCCAUUGCCGCGGCCAAUAAGCAGGCCGCACGCGAAGCACGACACAAGGCUCAAGUGUCCGGAAUCCCUCCCGAGUACAUAAGUACGAACCUGUUGCCGCCGUCGAUGGAUAGCAAGAGCUACUCCCAGUACGGCUCCACGGCGCAGGACACAAAGCCUGUGCUAAACAGCCUGACCUACGACUACUACACGACAACGAAAAGCGCGGGGAUCAACGUAAAACCGCCGAAAACACCGGAGGAGAGCCCUUCGUCCCGUACCACUAAAGUGAUCCCUAAAACCGAGAACAUGACACCGAGCGGCAGUUGCUGCAACACGUUGCCAACCAGAGGCCAGAACACGUCCGAUUUGUUGGUGCCCAAGACGGAAGAGACCGGUUCCUGUCGCGUCAACUCGCCGCCACCGCCACCACCGCCCACUGUACGACCCACCUACGAUUCCUACAUGAAUCAAGACUCGAACUCCUCGUCGAUGUCGUCGCUGGACGCGAUGGGCUCCAGGGGAUCCAUAGGGGCGACGAUACAUCACCCGAGUCAGCACCCGACUCACCACGUGCUGCCCAUGCAGCCCACGGUCGCCUACCCGAUGCCAAUGGUCGAGGACACGAGGAUGAGUCAUCAGAUGUCCCAGAGAUCGCCGUACGAGCCGUCAGCCAUGAUGGCAGCGGCGGCGGCGGCUGCUGCGGCGGCCACCACCAGCGAGGACCUCUAUCAUCACAGGACAGCCGAGCACGCGAGAGCCUACAUGCACCCUGGAGCGAGUAAUAUCGCUCGACCAGUCGUCUCCUACUCCAACGAGAUAGCGAACGCGAGGGGCUACGAGAACGCGGUUGCCAGCGCUGCCAACCAUCGACCGUACGAUCCUGGCACCACUUCCGCCUACGACAGAUACGACACCCAGAGCUGCGCGCCCAUUCAGUCCCAGCAGCAACAGCAGCAGCAACAACAGCAACAACAGCAGCAGCAGUUGCACUCGAGGACGAACAUGUACUAUCUCGGACAGACCGGAAUGACCCCUGAAGAGCAGGAACGCGUGUAUCAUCAAGAGGCCGCGGCCGCGGCUCAGCAGCAUCAGAUGGCGAUGGCUGCCGCGACGGCUGCUGGGAUGAUGAAGACAGAAGAUGCGAUGGAAAUGUUCACUGUUGCAGUGAAGUGUGUCACGGUGGCGCAGGUGCAGCAAAUGCAGAAGCCCGGGGGUCCACCGACCUCGCCAGGGGGCUCGGUGAUGGACUUGUCCACUUCCAGCGUCACGUCUACGAGUCCGCAGGCGCCCCCGUACGGCUCUAAUAGCCUAAGCCCCCAGUACGGCGGUGGUCAGACCGUGGGCGGCAGUCCGCAAGCUGCGGCGAGUCCUCACUUGACUGCGAGUCCUCAGGUUCCCAGCCCGCAGGGGCAGACCCUCGAUCUCAGCGUCAACAGGCUUCACAGCGGAGCACCUAGUCCCCAGUAUCCAACCGGUCACGGAGAAGCCGUGGCGGUUCCAGUUGGACCAGGAUUCCCAGCUCCGAGACCAAUCGAGGAGCAAACAGAGCCUGUGGACUUCUCGACGGCGAACGAGCCGGUCAAUUUCAGCGGGGGUCCUGGAAUCAGGCCUGUACCAGGGUUUCCGCCACCCGGGGUGCACGUCGCGGCGUACAGUCGAGAGAGCACCCCCGACAGUGGAGGUUCCCACUACAUGGACGCCUACCGUGAUCCCACUGGGUAUGGACCAAUGAGCCCGCACCCUGGCUACGGAAUGACAGGCGUUCAGCCUGAAUACCCUGGAAACACUUACACACCCUACCCUACCGCUGGCUACAAUUGCGGUGGAACUUAUCCCGGAGGCCCCGUUACUUCCGGUUACCAAAUCCCGGCAGGAUACACGCCGACACCCUGCUACAGCAUGCCGCCCCCGCAGCACACGGUCGGGCCUCUCGAUAAACCCUCGGGUAAAGACGAUAGUCUCUCCGGUUGCCCGCGGGCCGAUAGAUCCCAGAUCCAAGCGCAUUCCCAAGAGCUGAAGUGCCCUACGCCAGGGUGCGACGGGUCUGGACACGUCACCGGGAACUAUUCGUCUCACAGAAGUUUGUCCGGUUGUCCACGGGCUAACAAACCGAAGAGCAAGCCGCGAGAUGGACAGGACUCUGAACCAUUAAGAUGUCCGAUCCCUGGUUGCGACGGGUCUGGCCAUGCCACUGGCAAAUUCUUGUCGCACCGCAGCGCAUCUGGCUGCCCCAUUGCCAACAGGAACAAGAUGCGAGUGCUGGAGUCAGGCGGAACGGUGGAACAGCACAAGGCAGCGGUCGCAGCGGCGACGGCGAUGAAGUUCGAGGGUGUCAAUUGUCCCACGCCAGGUUGCGACGGGGUCGGGCACAUAAACGGGUCGUUUGCGACGCACAGGUCCCUCUCGGGUUGUCCUGUAGCUGGACACGCGGUGAAGAAGCCGAAGUUCGAGGACAUGUCGAGCAUGUACAGCAAAGGAAUCGCCGGUGAGGAUCGAGCUGGCUCUGAUGUCAUUGAUGUCCUCGAUUAUCGAUACCCGGCACUGUUAAUCGAAGAAUAAGAGAGAAACUGCGGGCCGGCUCUGCGUGAGGCGAGUCGAUGAAAAACGAUAUCGUAAAAUUCAAUGUCCAUGCAAAUUGGAGACUCCAUUCACGCUGGGCUACGGACCUGAUGUUGCGACAUGUGAUUGCCUACCGAAAUGAGGUAGAAGAGAAGAUCUAGAGUAGGCAUGAUCAUCUAAGUUUGCCUUUUAUUCUUUUCUAUGCUUCCAUGUCGUACUCGUCCAGGCGAAUGCUUCUCUUCUUCGAAUUAACGACUCGAAUUGCUUUGUUGGAUAGAAAGACCAUAAUUAUGACAGAGAUCAAGCUCAAACUAUUCGCGGAUUGGACGAGUCGACGCGAGAAAAAAAACCGUGACAAAAUUAUGAACCUUUAUUUGUAAACUUGUGCAUAUAUUGACCUUGUACUUCCCGUGCUAUGCCAUACUCUACUCUUUACGCAAUGAUGUGCUGUCAUACCAACAAGAGUAACCUCGUCCUUCUUCCUCUCCCACAUCUCCCCGACCGCCCCCCGUAUAUUCAGUUACUUCAUUUGUCGUUUUUACUUGACUGUUACGUUCAGUUCUACGUUACCCCUAUUUUCUCCGUAAGAUCGUUGGGUAUCCAGGUGUUUUCGAAGCCCGCUUCCGUCGCAGAACGCGCGAACGACACGCGAAGCGUUUUCGUUUGCCAGCAAAGAAACACCUGAACUCUCGUACACCUCUCGGAUAUCCCAACUGUGUCGCUCUUUGUUUCUUUUCGCCUCCUCCAAUAACGAAUUUGGCCCGUUACCCCUCACCGCGUGUAUCCUGCUCCCACAAUUAUUUAUGUGCAAGAACGAAAUGUAAAGCCAAAACAAAGAAAGAA